ACGUCACGCUGCUCGCACGAGGAAGAGCAAGCAACAUGCGUGCACAUCUUGGGCUGAGCCUCCACCCUGUUGUUGUGGUUCUCCUCGCCCUCCUCCUCAUCACCACCACCCUCACCCUCACCCUCAACCACCGAGCUGGCGUUUCUGCUGCUGCUGCUGCUGCACCUUCCUCGGUCGCGGAUGAUGGCCCCGCAGUCGUGUUGGAGGAGGAUGCCGCGGGCGCGUUUCACAUCAACACGAGCGACCCGCUGCAGCACCCGGUGUACAUCAACGGCGUGGAUGUGUUGGCCGCAGCCCGUGCACAGCAACACGUGAUCAGGGAGCAGCAGAAUGCAGUCACAAGCUUGGCUGCGAAGAUGGAAGGCCGCAAGGCCAUGAUCCGUGCGCUGACUGCUCAAACCGAGCUGCUGAGCAAGCGCCUGUGUGCGGCAGGGGUGGUCCAACCGAGCAUCGACACAACCACCAUCACAGGCAUCAGCGUUCCUGGCCCAGACCCAAAUGGGUUGUCAAAAUGGAGUGGUGGGGUGCUGGCGCCCAAUGGUCUCAUCUACGCCAUGCCGAGUAAUGCAGAGUCUGUUCUCAUCAUCGACCCCAGCACCAACACUGCGGACUCGACCACCAUCCCCAGCGUCUUCCUCGACGACGACACCACGAUGAAGACAAAGUGGGUUGGCGGUGUUCUCGCAGACAACGGCCUCAUCUACGGCAUUCCAUACUCAGCGCUCUCCGUCCUGAUCAUCGACCCGAAAACCAACACGGUCGACGCAACAACCAUGGCCGGGUUGGCCCCCGAGAACGACAUGAAGUGGAGCAAUGGCGUGCUCGCGGACAACGGCCUCAUUUACAGUGUCCCCUACAGCUCCACGGCCGUGCUGAUCAUCGACCCGGCCACGAACACCACGGACACGUCCACCAUCGCUGGGUUCAGUAUCGCGUGCUGCAAGUGGUAUAUGGGCGUGCUUGCCAGCAACGGCCUCAUUUAUGCCGCACCACGCAAUGCAGACGCUGUGCUGAUUCUCAACCCAGCAACAAACACGUUUGACCUGACACGCAUCGCUGGUCUUGGCUCUGGCUCCGAUCGCUGGUACGACACCGUGCUUGGCUCCAACGGUCUCAUCUACGGCAUCCCUCUCCGCGCCGACGCCGUGCUCAUCAUCGACCCCGCCACAAACACCACGGACGUGACCACCAUGGCGGGCUUCGACCCCUCCGUCAGCAAGUGGAUCAGUGGCAUUCGCGCGUCCAACGGCCUUAUCUACGGCUUGCCCGUCAGCACAGGUGCCAUCCUCGUUAUCAACACGGCCACGAACACCAUGCACACCACGACCACCACCCUGCCUGUCACGGUGGACAGCUUGUUGCCGUGGGUUGGCGGCGUGUUUGUCAGCAACGUCAACGGCAGCAGCGGCCUCGUCUACGCCAUGCCGCACAGUGCGGACUCUGUUCUCAUCAUUGACUCAGGAUGUUGAGUGACUUUGGAGGUGGGGGGGGGAGUGGAUAGGUGGAGCGAAGGAGAUAUUCAUCACAUGGAUACAUG